AUGGUUCGUGUGGGUCUUCCAAAGAAGAACCCUAAAGUUUUGAAACCCGCUUUCACCAUUCCUCCCAAACUGUUACAAUCCCUUGUAGAAGACCCUAAAUGGGAUGACAAAGGCAGCAUCACACAAAACUACAAUUCCUUCGGCGUCGUCAAUGACCCUAACUCCCUCACCGAUUCUCUUCGAGCUCCUCCUUCUGUCUCCGAUGACCCCAACGAUUCCGGCAGUGACCUCGAAGAAGACGAUUUGAAAUCGGCACUGGGAAAGAGAAGAAGAGAUGGUAAAAGUGCACUUCCCCAACCUUUGACUUCGAUUCAGCGUCUUUAUAUUAGUCGGCUAGUUGAGAAAUAUGGAGCUGAUUUUCAGAGAAUGAUGAUGGAUAUAAAGCUAAAUCCUAUGCAGCAUUCUGUUGCAACUUUAGAGAAAUUGUAUUACAAACUUCCGGUUGUGAGUUGUGCUGGAAAGUUCGAUGAUGCUUUGCAGAAGUAUAAGUUGGCCAAGGAAAACAUCAAAGAGAUUCCAUCUUUUCAAAGUAGAAAACUUCUUUUGGCAUGCUCACUUAACUUGAUGGCCUGCUACUUGAAGACAAGGCAGUAUGAUGAAUUCAUAAAAGAAGGUUCUGAGGUUUUGGCGUAUGACGCAAAGAACCUUAAGGAUCUUUAUCGAAGAGGCCAGGCAUAUAAGGAACGAGGCCUGCUACGGGAUGUCGUCACUAAUUUGAGCAAUGCACUUGAAGUGUCUCCUGAUGAUGAUAUAAUUGGAGAGCUUUUACGGGACACCAAGGAACAGUUGAUAAAGGAAGGUGGUCAUUGUGCUCCUGGAAGAUUAGUAAUUGAAGAAAUAACUGAAGAAGUUGAGAAUGUUCCUUCUGGAAACAACAGAAACUCUUCUACCGAACAAACGAUUGAUCAACCAAAAAAGUCUGGCGACUCUUCUAAGAGUUACAAUAUAGCUAACAAUGGAAAUCUAAAAUCAAAUUCAGACAAUAUAGAUACACUGAAGAAAGAUCCAGAAGCCAUCAGAUCAUUCCAAAAUUUUAUUUCCAAAGCUGAUCCUGCCACUCUGGCUUCUUUGAACAUUGGGCAAUCCCAAGACGUGUCUCCAGAUAUGAUUAAAGCGUCCUCGGAUAUGAUCGGCAAGAUGUCACCCGAGGAACUUCAAAAAAUGUUCGACAUGGCGUCUUCAUUUCAAGGGAACAACCCAUUUCUCAGAGGAGGUUCCUCUGAUUCUCCUUUCAACUCUGGAUCAGUUCCUCCCAAUGUGACACCUGAUAUGCUUAAAACAGCAACUGAUAUGAUAAGUAAAAUGCCACCGGAUGACCUUAAGAAGAUGUUUGAAAUGGCAUCCUUAAUGAAAGGGAAAGAAUCUAUUCCAUCAGCAGCAGCUGUAGACAAGAAAGGAAGAAAUUUGUCACAGUCAAACUUCCCAUCCUCAAGCACCACUCGUGCUUUUGGAGAAUCAAGUUUUUCUGACAAUGCGUUUUCAAAUAUUAUAAAUGCUUCAGAGCCAAACUUCCCAUCCUCAAGUACUGAUUUACAAGAACAGAUGAGAAACCAGAUGAAAGAUCCAGCUAUGCGACAUGAAGAUGGAUGCUUUGUUGGUAAAGGCGACAAUCAAAUAAUCAGUUGUCAAGAACAUGAUGAAAGCCCUAUACGUUCAGUUCACCGUCGGAGUUCUACCAUUAUAUUUGGUUACAUUCACAGGUAUAUUGUUUGUUUUAGCGGAAGUUGUCAAACAACAUCUAUGUCGAUCGUUUCCAGAUCGACAUCUUCUUCUGCAGAAAGUGAACAAAUAAAGGAAAUGCAAGAAGAAAUUAAUGCACUUAAAGAAAAUAAUUCAAAAAUUGAUGAAUUAACACAGGCAAUCAUAUUCUUAACGCAAAGGGACAAGGCGAGGACAAAGGAAAUUGAACUCUUAAUGCAAAUGCAGAAUUUUAGUGGAAGACAGGGAUUGGAAUCACCCGCUGAUGGUAGACGUUCAUCUGAGUCUAGCUACCGUAUUGGAGAUAAUGGAACUUCAGGGGGGACAAAUUAG